UACGCUCAAUGGUGGAGGUCCAAAAGUACUUUCUAGAACAUCCAGAGCGUAUGACUGAUGGGGUAACUCUCUCACAAUUCUCAUUUCAAAUUCCAAGGCCUUUGCAGGAAAAUUAUGUGAGAAAGUGCCCUACACGUCGAGCUGCCUUAUGUGAUGGCACUAGACCCCUUGAACCUGAUGAAGUGAGUCCCCUGUCUUGGGCAGGCCCAGAUGACGGUCCAGACUUGCAGCUUAAUAGGUCAGCAAUGCCUUCUCCUUACUUUGAGGCACCUGUUUUUGAUCCUGUUCAUCAAGACCCGCAAAGAAGCGAGCAAGAACUCCUACAAAGGAGAUGUACAGUAGUAAGCCAAAUUAAAAUUAUCAUAGGGGUUAAGGUUGAUGGGUGAAAUUAUGAUCAUGGGUUGGUCAAGAUAGCGUUUUGGUUUUGUUUCUCCUGUAACUGCUCACUCUGUAUCUUGUCUUAUGUUGCCCCACAUUACUAGAUUAUGUUUCCAGAGGAAAAAGGGGAAGUUUUGUUGAGAAAGAAUGUGAAAUAGAACAGGUCAGCUUGGGGUUUAAGGGUUAGCGUUGUAGGCUUGGCGUCUGGCCUUUGUGAAGAACCCGUAUAAAAGAAAAUAUAUAGUUUAUAUUGGAUCUGUCAACUGAUUUCACAAUUAUGUA